AUGAUGGGCGGGAGCGACGUGAGUACGCCUCUGUGUUUCUUGAUUUGCGCCACCCCCCAUGGGUUGGCGCCUGGCGUCACAAGUUUCAGUGCCAACAAUGUCUGGUGGUGUUCUCGGCUUGCCAUCUCGGAUGGGUUGCAGGGAGACAGGGUGAGGGUGGUGCAGACGCUGCUCUUCGUCACCGGCAUCAACACGCUGCUGCAGUCGCUCUUCGGGACGCGGCUGCCCACGGUCAUAGGCAGCUCCUACGCCUUCCUCAUCCCGGUGAUGGCCAUCGUGCAGGACUCAUCGCUCGCGGCCGUACCUGACGACCACAAGAGAUUCCUCCAGAGCAUGCGGGCCAUACAAGGGGCGGUUAUAGUGUCCUCCAGUAUUCAGAUCAUCCUUGGUUACAGCCAGCUCUGGGGUAUUUUCUCCACGUACCACCACACACACUAG